AGUUGCGACUUGCGAGGCAAGGGAGCUUAGGGAACCUGGUAAAAGACCUAGAAGAAAUAGUCAACGUCAUUUUUGGCCGAUUGGUGGCUAAGACUCAAGAGAUCCAAGCGACUCAAAUGAAUGAAGAGCAUUGAGGAAUGAUUGGGGUGGUAGAGAAGUAGCGAAGAUGUACUGCUGAGGGAUUUCAAGGAGUCCAGUCCAGUUCAAAGUUAGGCUUGGAGCGUGGGAGCUUGGAGGGGCACGAAAUGCUGCAAUGCUUGUCCCUCAAAUCAUGGGCGUCAACUUCAACAACCACAGCUCCUGCAGUUGAGAAUUCUAGAGAGGACACACCAAGAUCGAUCUCUCAAACUUCUCCCACCGUCAAUCUAACCCGCGAAUACACCCUCGCUGUCCAAACCAAUUCCUACAACGAGAUAUGGUCCAAGAUUCACGUCCGCCACCAGGAUGACUACACAAACACAGACCCAGACCAAGACACAGACGGGGAGCGAGAAGAGAAUGUCCAGCAGUUGCGGUUGGCCCAUGUCCUUCGACCCGACCGAGAAUGUGUCCAGGAUGCCCUUCAGCAUGCAAGGUCCAACACCCUCACCCGUCUUGUCUCUGACUACUUCGAUCACAGCGAGAACACAUCCAAACUCUGUCUCCUUCUCCACCGUAGCGUCCAUCACGCCCACUCUCUCUAUUCCCCUCUUCAUGACCUCCUCGAUAUUCUUCCCCUUGAUUCCGAUUCACUUACCGAAUCCCAGUGCAAUCAGGCCUUUGAUGUCUUCCUCCAAUUCGAUAGUCUUGACAAUCCUUUCCCCUGUCCUGACUCCCAUAAUUUCCGUGACAUGCGCCGCUGCUUCUCUCAACUUAAGGAACAACUUGACGGCCAUAUCCGAAAGUCCCGGUCUAAGAUUCGCCUUAUCCGCCGUGCAACCGCUGGAUCCGCCUUCUGUUUCAUUGGCACUGCCGUUGGGGUUGCCAUAUCUGCUGUCGCAAUUGCUACUCAUACACUCGUUGCCCUUAUUGCCCCACUAUUCACUGUAUUCCUUCCUCCCAGGCUCUCUAAGAAAGAGCUUGCCCAUGGGGCACAGCUUGAUGCUGCAGCUAGGGGUACUUAUGUUCUAUGCCAUGAUCUGGGCACCAUUGACAGCCUCGUGGCAUGGUUGCACACUGCUGUUGAGGGUGACAAGCGUCUCAUUCGCCUUGGAUUGGAGGGGGGCAGGGAUACCAUCCAAGUGGUGGCCAAGCAUCUCUGCAAAAACCAUCUCUAUUUCCUCCAACAACUUAAGGAUCUUGAGGAACAUAUAUGCCUCUGCUUUACCACAGUCAACAGAGCCAGGUCUCUACUCCUAAGAGAGAUCGAUCUUCAUCAAAGUUCUAAUUCCUAACCAAUUUGCCUAUAUGAACCAUCUCUAUUUCUUUUUAACAUUUACUUCCCAGUCCGAUUGUGUAUAUUAAAGAUGCCUGUCAAUCCUAAGGAAGAACUAAAAACUUUUCUUCAUUUAUAUCUGCUUAUAAUUACUGUUACUGCCUACAAAA